GUGAUUGGAUCUUUCCCAGUAAUUUCUUCCAAUAAAAUCAGAUUUUCUUAUUAAAAUAUUGAUCCAAAAUGGCAUUUGAUGCUCCUGCCCACGACGAUGGACCCGGGUUCGUUGGCAUUCGUUUCUGUCAGGAAUGCAACAACAUGUUAUACCCGAAGGAAGACAAAGAAAACAAAGUGCUGCUGUACGCCUGCCGAAACUGCGACUACAAACAGGAAGCCGAUUCGAACUGCAUCUACGUGAACAAAAUUAUGCACGAAAUUGACGAACUGACCCACAUCGUACCGGACGUGAUAUCUGAUCCGACGCUGCCCCGAACGGAGGAACACGCCUGUCCCAAAUGUACCCACCGCGAGGCGGUAUUCUUUCAGGCACAGACACGACGAGCUGAAGAGGAAAUGAGACUGUACUACGUUUGUACGAAUCCGGGUUGUUGCCACCGUUGGACCGAGUAAGCGGUGGUCGGUCAGAACGAGGCGGCUGGACGUGGACGAGGUACAUUCAUCUGGAGUAUUUAAUUGUCAUGUAGUUCGAUUAUUGGAACGGUUAAAAACUUCGGCUGAUGGCCGAUAAGGGAUCAGGC